CCCAUCUCCCCAAGUGCCGAGCACCGAAUCUUGUCUUCCCCAAAUCCAGAACAAAAGAGUAAAACCCUAAUUCCAAACCCCCAGUUUGACUAUUAUGGAUCAAUACGAAGAGCAAGAGCACGAGGUGUACUGAGGGGAGAUCCCUGAAGAGGAAGGAGAGAUGGAUGCUGAGGUGGAGGUGGACAUGUCUGGUGGAGCUGAGGAUUACGAAGCCAACGACCAAGAUCCCAAUCCCAACUCCAAAGACUUGGAAGACAUGAAAAGAAGACUUAGGGAGAUCGAGGAAGAGGCGGGGGCUUUACGUGAAAUGCAGGCUAAAGUUGAGAAGGAGAUGGGCACUGCCCAAGAUUCCUCAAGUGCUUCUGCAAAUCAAGCUGAAAAGGAGGAAGUGGAUUCCCGCUCAAUUUAUGUUGGUAAUGUAGACUAUGCAUGUACACCUGAGGAAGUUCAACAACAUUUUCAAUCCUGUGGAACAGUGAACAGAGUUACAAUCUUGACUGAUAAGUUUGGUCAACCUAAAGGAUUUGCUUACGUCGAAUUUGUUGAAAUUGAUGCUGUUCAAAAUGCUCAACUGUUAAAUGAAACGGAAUUGCAUGGUCGUCAGUUGAAGGUCUCUGCUAAACGGACAAAUGUUCCUGGAAUGAAACAGUAUCGAGGAAGGUUCCGCUCCCGAAGGCCUUUCAUUCCUGGUCCUGUUUUCUAUCCUCCAUAUGGCUAUGGAUGCUUGGAAGUGGAAAGAUUCGUGACAGUAACACAUACACGAUACACUUCCAUGCCAUCUUCCAGUGACAAACUUCGCCUGGAAAAGCUAAUUGGAGCCAGUGAUGAGGAUGCGAACUUUGCUGUUAAUGAAGGGUUUUAUUGGAAGGCAUUGGAUGCAGCAUGCAGAACAAGAGCAAAGAAGGCUGCUAAAGGAAGUGGCUCUAAGAAAGCCAGUUCAAGUAAAUUCUGUGGAUCAAGUGAGAAAAAAAUAAAUGGAAAAAAGGUCCCAUAUUCUAAUCAACCUGUCUCAUUUGUAUCAAGUGGGAUCAUGAUAUCGGAAACUGAUGAGGUCAGAACUACAGAUCCCGAGGGUACAUUAGAAAGUUAUGAACAUAAGGGUAUUGUCAGAUCAGCUCAAAUUGGGGCCUUCGAGGGACAUACAAAGGGUUUUGGAUCCAAAAUGAUGGCUAAAAUGGGAUUUGUUGAAGGUGGAGGAUUGGGAAAAGAUGGUCAAGGCAUGGCACAGCCCAUUGAAGCCGUACAGCGGCCUAAAUCCCUUGGGUUGGGUGUGAAUUUCACCAGCACAAGCAGUGACUCAGAGAGGGUACAUCAUAAUAAACCCGGUGGAGCUUCUGUAAACCGUAUCAAAAGUUUUGGCAACUCAUCGAGGGGUCAGCAUAAUAACUCUUUCGGAUGUUUUGAAAAGUACACCAAAGGUUUUGGAUCCAAGAUGAUGGCCAAGAUGGGUUUUGUAGAAGGUAUGGGGUUGGGCAAGGAUUCACAAGGCAUCGUCAUGCCUUUGGUCCCUACCAGGCUUCCAAAAUCACGAGGAUUGGGGGGUUUCCAAGGUUCAGGCGGCCAAUGAGAUACAGGCCGUAUUAAGAUGGAUCACGUGUUGUUAGACUCGGAAGCCAGCAAUUUCGAGAAGACUAUUACUUGAAGUUUAUAAUGGUCAUGUUGUUCUAUAACAUGGAGAAAGAUAAACUACAGUUCCCGUAUCAAAUGGAAGGCAGAUUUUUCUCAAAUUGUGAGUUUGCAGGAGCGAUGAAUCCAUUAAUUCGAGAAUUGCCUACGCAUUGCUUCAACUGUGAUAAAUGAGUAGGAGAUGCUAGUGUUCUGAAAUAUAAUUAAGAACUCGUAGAAACUACGAUUUAAUCCUCUCUGUUGUUUCCUGUUGCUUUAGUUUUCCAGAGAGUUAAUGCAAUAUUAGGAUUUGUAUGGGAUUAGCUUUUGUUUUGAGGUUUAAAGUGAUAACCAAACUGUUUAUCCAAGAGCUGGAGUUAGAGAAA